GACCGCGGGCCCCGGCCUGGGGGCCACAGCUGCCACCGCCGCCUUCGUCUCCUCCCCGUCCCCGUCCCGCCCUGCGUCUCCUCGCCUCACUCGGGCCCGCGGCCGGGGUCCCUCCCCGCCGCCCCUCCCCGUGCGGAUGCCGAAGGUGAAGGCGCUGCAAUGCGCCCUGGCGCUGGAGAUCCGCUCUGUAACUUGUCCAGGAGUAGUGCUGAAAGACAAGGAGGACAUCUAUCUUAGCAUCUGUGUGUUUGGCCAAUAUAAAAAGACACAAUGUGUCCCAGCCACUUUUCCAUUGGUCUUCAAUGCCAGAAUGGUGUUUGAAAAGGUGUUCCCUGAAGCAGUAGACCCUGGAGAUGUGGUUGCACAACUUGAAUAUGAUACAGCAUUGUUUGAGUUGAUUCAACUAGUUCCACCAGUGGGUGAAACACUGUCUACAUAUGAUGAAAAUACACGAGAUUUCAUGUUCCCGGGUCCAAACCAACUUUCUGGACACCAUGAUUCAAACCGCCAAGUUACCAUGAGAAGGAUUUCUGGCCUUCGAGGAAUUGCUCCAAAGCUGGAAUUUUCUACAACCUCAGUGAUUACUGAAUGUCUGAUAAGUUCAAGGAAGUGCCGCACUCAGGAUAAAUAUAUUUACCAUACGGCUCCAGUUGAAAAACCACACGGCAGACUGCCAACCAGAACAUCAAGAUCUCAAAAGAAAAAAUCCAAGUCACCUGAGAGAAGUAAAUAUUGUGUAAAUGCAAAAAACUACGAACAGCCUACGAUUUCUUCAAAAUCACACUCUCCAUCUCCCUACACAAAAAGACGCAUGUGUGAGCUAUCUGAAGACACCAGGCGGCGGCUGGCCCAUUUAAAUCUGGGACCCUAUGAAUUCAAAAAAGAAACAGAUAAACCUCCAUUUGUGAUUAGACAUGUCGAUCCCCCAAGUCCCAGGGCUGAUACUUUAUUUGGGUCUUCUAGCAGAGACUGUGAAAGGGAUGGAUGGUCCAGGAUGCACAAUGAUCAUUUUCAUCAUAGCGGCUACCGACCCAAGGAUUAUAAGCAGGUGAUCAGGACACCCCAUGGCAUAGACUACGAUGAGUCUUUGGAAAGGUGUGAUGAGUAUUUGAGCCCAAGGUCAUGUAGCAAGCCCCGGCAUUCAGCAAGGACCUUACUUGUACAUUCAGCACCCUCAACAAUGCUGAAGCAUCCUCCAAGCCCUGUGUUAAAUCGAGCUUCUCUCAGGGAAAGAUUCCAUUCUGAUUGGUGUUCACCUUCAAACUGCGAUGAGAUCCAUGACCGGGUAAAAAAUGUCUUGAAAUCACAUCAGGCUCAUCAAAGACAUUUUUAUGAUGAGAGAGACCCAGAGAAGGAAGACGAACUGGAAAUGAAAAGAGGUCUUUUCUACAGAGACUAUGCCUAUGACAGUGAUCCCGAGUACAGCUCAUGUCAGCGGCCACGAGGCACUCUCCAAAUGGAUGACGGUGAAUACUGGUCCAACAGGGCAGCCUCUUACAAAGGAAAGUCCCACCGACCCAUCUUUGAGAACAGCAUGGACAAGAUAUACAGGAACUUAUACAAAAAGGCCUGUAGUUCUGUUUCUCAUACACAGGAAAGCUUCUGAGAUCAUCCACGAUGAACUGUAUGAGUGUCCAUGUCAACUUCAAUGAAAGCGUUUGAUGUGAUCAA